AUGUUUACCUUGUUUCCUCAGCUUCCAGCGGAUCUCCGGCGGGCAAUAUGGCUUGCCACUCUCGGCCCCAUGAUGCUUACCUUUACCGACGCAGGCCCGCCUCCAGCGAAAAGGUCGGACGGUUCCCAACCUGGCCAACCGCCACAUGUGACGGGGGAGAGCAGAUACGUGGGUAGUGUUUCACUUCCCGACGGUAGUUACAGGCUAUUCUUUGUUGUCGAGCCGUCCGCUGCGUACCUCGCGUGCAAGGAGUCGCGUGCCUUCCUCCGCUACAUCUUUGCUGAGCCCGUAAAGCCCGACGGGGGCUUGCCAAGUUGGUUCGACCUUGCCAUUGACACCGUCCGCUUCAAUCGUGGACACCUUGUUCCCCUUUCUCGCCAUCCCUGGUUUAAGCAGGCACAAAAUCUCUGGAUCCGGAUAUUUUAUGAUGCUGAUGAAUAUUUGUCGUCUCGGUGCUACAAUGUACCCGAAUUUGAGGACAAGAACCACGGCUGGCUAGAGAGGAACCUUGGCUCGUUAAAAGACAUCACUUUCCAAAUGGUUCGCGUUUCGGGAGAGGGCCAAUGGGUAAAAGAGUGGUUACCUGUAUUCGAGACGUGGUUCAAUCACGCCAGAUGGGACCCGGUAUCUUUUUCUGCACGGGUCAUUUGCUACCAGAAGAACACACCCGAAGCAGAGUGGUUAACUCCUCAAAACUACCUCCGUGUGGAAAAGCAAGUCAUGGGGAAUCACUUCCAGCGCCACUACAGGGUCCCUAAUUGGAGAGAAAUGAUUCAAAGAAAAAGAACAAGAUCCAGGCAGUUGGAAAACGGAGGAGAGGAAGACAGCUACAUGUACUUAGGAAAGACUGGCAUUGUUAAGACCAUCUCUUUGGCGGAACUGCUGCUCCUCCCCGAAAGCCAGCGCAUCAUCGGUGUAAAGUGUGCCGCCGCAGACCCUACUACCGUUAAAUGCCUGGAUCACAACCCCAAGUACAUGCCUUGCAAGGGCACGGCCAAGGUGAAAGGCUACGGCGGCCAAAAGAUCACUGACGCCUGCAGCUUGCGAGAGUUCCUGAGCCACAUCAGCGGUGGCAAGCAGUAUCUGAAGACCGAUCCCCUGGCGGGCGAAGCCAAAAAUUACAGGAAUGAGCGCCUUCUCGGCGCCGAGGUUGGCGAGAACGCGCUGUACUUUGACGUCGACUACGCGGCGAAGCAGAUGAUCCUUGGCGACAUUGGGGCCGAAGGCGGGGAAGUCUGGUGCAAAAUAAAGGACGGCGCCAAGGACUACGAAGAGAGCAUCAGCAGACUUGGUAAGCGGCUUGCGGCCCUCAAGGAAACGAUGACUGCGGAUCAGAUCAAAGACACGCAAAGGCUCUUUGACCGGAUCGAUGCCGCAAUGAGUGGUGUCAUUACUGAUCGAAGAUGCGACAUGUCCGAGUAUCUCAUCCCGGCACUCGAGGCGAAGAAAAUUAGGCCGCUUGUCACUGAGUCGGUCUCCGGUAACCGUCGCCUUUUUAAGGAAGACGACACUAUUCGCGGAAUCAUGAGUGCUUGGGAGGGCAAGCCAGACGCAGAGGAGAGGACCAAAAAGGCCCUGGCGGAGCUGCGGGCUGUAAUUGAGGACCUUUACAAAGAAACGAGGGCUGCAAACCACAAGAGAGUUGCAGAACUCUGGGAGACGUUCGCUCCGCAGCAGGCGACGGUUGAGGGCUGUGCUCCGCGAACAGAGGCAGUUUGA